UCGGUUUCUCUUUUUGUUUUGUUUUUCAUUUUCUUUUUAUUGUAAUAUAAAAAGACGUUUAAAUAGAGUAAAAAAACCAUUAUUUUACUGGGCCUUCUUCAAAUAGUUGCAAGAUAACAUUCUUCCUUUUAUAAUUCUAUAAUCCUUAAGAAUCUUUAAUAUUUUAAAACCUUUUUAAUAUUCCAAUAAAUUAUUCUAAAAUCGUUUGCAAAUUUUAAUAACAGGAACACUUUCGUGUGACAGCAAGAAAAGAGUUCUAUUUCUUCACAUAAUUCAUGUUUUCUCAAGUGACCCAGAUUGGGUCAAUAUACCAAAUACCGCCUGCUAUAGAUUCACUACAAUGGUGCAAGAUUGUGCCAAAAGAUGUGAAUCUCACACUUAGUGUUAACUCACCAGACGAUAUAGAUUUCGAUCGUCUGUUACCAACUCUAUUUGAAGUAUUUGCUAUCGUAUUUUGUGGUUUUCUAGCCGGACGAUGCAACCUCAUUUCAGCGACAGACAUCAAAGGUCUGAACGACUUCACAACUUAUUUUUCAUUGCCUCCUCUAAUCUUCCUGAACUUAGUAACCAUCAAUUUCUACCAUGUCAACUGGCUUUUCAUUCUGGGGAUCCUCCUCGGUAAAAUCGUAGUUUUCUUACUAGUAGCUGUUGUUACAGCAUCUGUGCAGAGACCAACUAACUUGUCCUAUGCUGGUAUUUAUGGCAUCUUCUGCACACAAGGGAACGAUUUUGGUCUUGCUUAUCCUAUAGUUGCAUCACUAUAUGGUAGCAAGCGGCCACUAUAUCCGGGAUAUAUGUAUCUCAUCGCUCCCACCUCUCUUCUUUUCUUAAAUCCCAUGGGAUUUAUUUUGAUGGAAGCUCAAAAGAAUAAGAACGCUGCUAUUGAAGAUCCUAAGGGACAUAUGGGUGGAACUGUUCUAAAAACAGUGAGCAAUGUAUCUUGGAACAUUAUCAAGAAUCCUAUAGUCUUUGUCACACUCCUUGGUGUUUUUGGCAAUUUUUUAUUUCAUGGUGGGUUGCCAAGUGUACUUUUUGGCAUACUGCAGAUAUUGUCGUCAGCUUUUUCUGGAGCAGUUUUAUUUCUACUAGGAUUUUCUGUAGCUAGAACUGGUGAAUCAAAAUAUUCGAAAAAAGAAGGCCUCCUAAUACCAUCGGUUUUAUUGAUUACUAAAAUGAUCGUAUCUCCAUUAAUAAUCAGAAGUUGCGUUUCUAUGUUAUGUGCCGGAGCAUCUGAUGUUGAAGAUUUGGCAGACUUUGGAUUUUUAUACGGCAUGGUCCCAACAGGCCCAAUUGUUAUGUUAUUUGCAGCAGAAUACGGAUUGAGAACAGAAAUGAUGGCAUCAACGAUGGUGUUGUGUACUGGACUUUUUGGACCUGUCGUCUUUGUUCUAGCAAGAAUGUUAUCUUUAAAUGUAAAAGGCAUUGGAGAGUUUUCUGAUGAGCUAAGAGCUACUAUGCUUGUAUUGAGUAUCCUUAGCUUUAUAUCUUGCUUGUGGAUUGGGCUGUCAUUAAUUUUUAGCAAGAAAAUGAAACGACAAGUUUAUAAAAUUACGGGAGGAUUCAUCUCAUCGCAGAUUAUACUGGCUUUAGGAAUUUUGAUAUGGUCUAUCUGCCAGAGUAAUGAGGAAUGGACGAAAUAUCUCGAAAUUGCUCUCAUAUCUGCUGGACAGUUAAUGACCAGAGUUUGGGUGACGAUACUGGCUGUAACUAUGGUUCUUCUGAGAAGAAAUCCAUGUUCAUCAUUCGUGCAAAAAAUGUUCUGGCCUUAUUGCAUUGGAAUCGGAUUUCCAGGCCUCAUCGUUGUGAUGAUUUUAAUUAUCACGGGAAUCGGACAGUGUGAACCUGAUCUAGAUAAAGAACUGCCUCUUUUCAUUUAUGGAUCUACCGAGGCAUUUGGAUCCAUAGUAGUACUUGUUGUUUGUAUAACGACAACAACUCUUUGUCUCGUCUUAUACUUCCGAUCACCUCAAAAAGACAUGCCAGAACUUGCUUCGAAAUUAAAUGUGGAAAGCUUAGGAGCAGAAUCCAAAGAUAUAGUUGCAAUUCCUAUUGAAAAAGAUGUAGAAAAGAACCUCCUUGACGGAGCUGGUAUUGCGAUUUAUAAAAUAAAGAAAACAGACUCAGUGGAUACUGUAAUGUCAAGUAUUAACAAAUUAGAAGAACGACUUCAACCCGAUUUUCCUGGCUCAAAUGACAGACUCUCUCAGAGAGUCAUCAGUGAAGGAAUGAAGAGAUCAGAGACAUCAUUCAGUGAAAAGCAUUUACUGUCCUCCACAGAUAGUGAGAAUUCGACACCAACCUCUUCACCCAUCCAUACCGUCAGCUGCAAAAAAUCACCUUCUGCUAAAGAAGAUAUCAGCAGAUCCCAUUUGCGUCAUGUAAUUCUCCUUAUCCUCAACUUGAUAUCAAUGGCAGUGGGUCUAACAAUCAGUACGUGGAAAUUGUCAACAAAUCAACCAAAUGGACUCUUUGUAGCCAUGGAAUUUCUGGAUGCCGUUUUAAAUGUUGGUCAGGGAGUAUUUGUAUUUAUCGUCUUCAUUAAAGAUACAAAGUAUAUCCUAGCACCUAUUUCAAAGUGGUUGACGAAAGUCAGGCAUGGUUUUUACUCACUAAAUGAGGAUUCGAUAGAUGUAGCUAUACAGCAACAGUGUCAUCAGUUUCGUACUUAUCAUAGAGACAACUGCAAAAAAGACUUACCAAAAUCGAUAAUAAAAAAUGAUGUAAUUCAUAAAAACUGCUUCACCGGAACAGAAUUUGUAGAUUGGCUGAAUAAAGUCGGCUUGGCAAGUCAUCGAACAGCAGCAGAAAAUUAUGGACAACGAUUGUAUCGAGGAGGAGUGCUUUCAAGCGUCGACGGUGCUGUGCAAUUUCACGAUAAUAGCGGAUAUUUAUAUACUUUAGAGGAGUGCUGUCCAAAGUAAAUUAGACUUUUCUUGUCACACAUCAUCAAUAAAUCAUUUGUAAAUAUCUUUCUCACAAUGUAUCUCAAAUGUUUAAGUCAUAGUAUUUGAGCUUAAUGUAUGUAUUGUGGAGUUAUUUCCACACAAAGUGUAGCUAUUCUGUAUGAAAUAAAACUAAUUAAAAAUUU